AUGGCUACACUUGCUGAAAUUUCUCCACAAAAUUCUGGUUUUCAUUCGGAGAGUCCAGGAAGCCCUAAUCCGAGGAUGUUGACGGAAAUGAUCAGCAGGAACAAGUUUUUGGAAGCGGCCAUUCCGAAGUGUGCAGGGUGUGGGGAACCUAUCCUCGACCGAUUUAUACUCAAGGUGCUCGAUAGAUCAUGGCACUCGAAAUGUUUGCAGUGCUCGGACUGCCACAGUCAACUUAGUGAUAAAUGUUUCUCCAAGGGUGAUAAAGUCUACUGUAAAGAUGAUUUCUUCAGGCGGUUUGGUACGAAAUGUGCUGGGUGUGAGAAGGGGAUUCCCCCGACGGAAGUGGUUCGGCGGGCCCAGGACAAUGUCUAUCACCUCGAAUGUUUUGCCUGUCUUAUGUGCAGUCGACAACUGAACACGGGAGAUGAAUUCUAUCUGAUGGAAGACCGCAAACUUGUCUGUAAACCCGAUUACGAGGCGGCCAAAGCUAGAGAAAUCGACCUAGAUGCUGCCAACAAACGACCAAGAACUACCAUUACGGCUAAGCAAUUGGAAGCACUGAAGACUGCAUAUAACGAAAGUCCAAAACCUGCAAGACAUGUGCGAGAGCAACUGAGCGCUGAAACUGGACUGGAUAUGCGUGUUGUACAAGUCUGGUUCCAGAACCGUCGAGCUAAAGAAAAACGACUGAAAAAAGACGCCGGACGAAACAGAUGGAGUCCCUACUUCCGGCAGUUGAAACGUUCAGGAGACGCAGACAGUUCACAGAGCGCCGAUAAUAUGUCAGACGAUGGACAGCUCGACGGAUAUAAUGACUUAGACGAUUUGGAUGGUCCAGUUUCAUCAGGAAGACUUUCGGGAGAUAUGUUCAGUUCAGGCCAACCUCUUGAUCGAGAGCCAAGUAUCGGCCAGGUGCCCGUUGGACCCCCAGGAACCCCACCAAUGGAAUCCUGGUCCCAAUUUAGUACCAACAUUCCGCCCAACGCCAGCUACCUCGGUCGUCACUCACCGAAUAUACCCAUGUCAAACUCACACAUGAUGCCGAUGGAACCUAUUCCAAUGCAUGGUGGACCGAACGUGCUCAGGAUGAUUUCUCCCGACAUUAAUGAAAACUCUCAAGGAUACACGGAUUACCCUGUGGUGACGAGUCACAGCCAUGUGGAAGUUUACUGA